UCGGCCGGUGUAGUAUUACUCAGCUAGCUAGCAAUGGUGGCUAUGGGUACGGGUUCCACAAAGAGUGGCGUUGUGUGGUGCGCCGGCCUGCUCGUCGCCGGGCUUCUCCUCAUGGCGGCGGAGGCAGAUUUCUGCUCCGAGGACUGCCGUGCCAAGAGCAAGACCCAUUUCUUGGGCUGCGUCGGUCGGUGCAGAUCUCAGCUUGAGGUUGCACGACCGGCAAACUGCGUCGCCCUCUGCCAUGGCAAGCCGAGCUUUACGGCCUGCUGCAAUCGCCAUCGGGAUGUCCGACGAGCGCCUCUGCAACUGCGUCGAGCCGACGGGGAAUCCACAAGGCAUGAAGAAGAAGCAAGAGGAGGAGCAGUUGGUGUCCUGAAGGCGCCGGCCCCGGCGCCGUGUGAAGUGGUCUGCCGUGACCGGGUGGGCUGGGUGGAGUACGAGCGCUGCCUCGAUCGCUGCCGAUGGGGAGCGUUUGUCCGACGAGCGCUUCUUCAUCUUAAGCUUGCCGGCAGGGAAUCGGCGGCACAUGAAGAAGCAAGAGGAGGAGGAGCUGAUGUCAUGACGGCCGUGGCGGCGCGGCUGUCGGAUGCAUGCCAAGACUUUUGCCAUAACCAUGAGCACUUUGACUGGUGCGUCCGUCGCUGCCGGUUUGGGCCGCAUCUUAGGCUUGCCGGUGGCGGUGGGGAAUCAGAAGAAGCAAGCGGAGGAGCAGUGGAUGUCCAGACGGUGGCGGUGGCGGUGGCGGACGUUAACCCUGACAUAUGCGACGACUUCUGCUGUAGCUGGCCGGCGCCGGAACACGGUUGGUGCCUCGAUUUCUGCCUGGCUGGAGCGUAUGUCCACCGAGCGCCUCUGCAUCUCAAGCUUGCCGGCGGUGAGCCAACGACACACGAAGAAGAAGAAGGAAGCGGAGGAGCGGUUGAUGUCCCUCAGCCGGCGGCGGCGGCGGCGGCACAGGUGCAGCACCAUGAGGCUGUCGCAGGAGCACAGCCGGUGAAAAACACCGACCCGUGUGAUGACUACUGCAUGGAGCAAACUCGUUAUUUUCCCAGGCCUGGGCAGUUCUUCGAUUGCGUGGAGGAGUGCCACGCUGGUCAUGGUCGGCUCGCCGGCGACGGCGGGAAUGUGAUCCCGCCGGCAGCAGCGGCGCAACAUGAGGCUGCUGCAGGAGCGCAGCCGGUGAAUACCGACCCGUGCGAGGCCUACUGCAAAUGGCAUUCUCGGGAUUUUCCCGCCAAGUACACAGCCUGCGUGCGCCAGUGCCAGUCCGGUGGGCACCCCGGCGACGGCGCCCGUGUCAAGCAGGAACGCCACAAGAAGGGCGGCGAGGUCCAUCUUCGCCGUGGCACCGGCAAGAUAGCCAUCCAAUAGGACUGCCCAUUUGCCUUUGUUGUAUUGAGCUUAACCAGCUCGUCUUUUUUUUUUCCAAAUAAAAGAAUGGCCGGCUACUCGGCAUUGUUUGCUUUACUUCUGUUUG